CCUCGACCGGCCAUUAGGGUACGUUGAGCUUCACAUGUGCGGGCGGCGGCAGCCCCUGACAACAGCCGACGAGAAGAAUUCAUCCCUCUUGCCGAGUGAACGCACCAUGGCGGCCUUUCAUGUGCAGUAAAGUAGAAGAUGAGGUCGCGCAGCAAGAAACGGGGCCGCAGUGCGACCAGCCGCUUGCGAGAGCGGGCCAACCUGUCCUUCUGCAUCGUGGUCAUUUUCUUCGCCGUCUUUGGCAUCAUCGUCCUCACCGAGAUCUUCUUCAUCGACGAGCGGCCCGGCCCGGCGCCGAUCGGGGCCCACCGAGGCCCCGACUACGAGGAAAUCGUCCUCUCUGACGACUACCUGCAGCUGUACAAAGGCCCUGACAACGAGGCCGCCUCGCACCUCGCAGGUCGCGUCCUCGCCCCGGCCGCGCCCUUCGUCGUCCGACCUGAGGAGGCCAACCCUUUCCCGCCGCCGCUGCCAGACGCCGGCUACAUCAAGUUCAGCAACCUCACUGCCAGAGAUGCGAAAUGGCAGCCAGUUCGCGGAACUAGGUUCAAAUUCUACGUGUACUCGGCGUUCUACGAUAAAAGGGCGAGCAGGAUGAUAAGAAUCAUUGGAGCGACGCGCACACGAAGUCCGGAGCGCGUGUGGUGUCGCUUUUGGUACGACGAGGAACCAACCACGGCCAAUGCCAAUGCCACCGUUUCACCAGAGAGACGCAGCUCUCGACCGCAACUAGUGAUAGCCAAAGUGAGAGUGAUCAGGGAAAAUUGGAAUCUGAAGUACAGCGCGUGCUUUGUGAUCUGCCCCUUGCCGAGGUCAAACGGCACCGACGAAGCGUGGCCGGUGCCCAACAGCGUUUCGGUGCUCGCCGGAAGGGUGUUGCUUCCGCCGGCCAAUCGGCUGCUCGUCAACCGGCCCGGCAACAUGACCAACAAGGGUGAACUCGCGGUCUGCGUCAAACCACUCCACUUUUUCUACAACCAGGUUUGGUCGCUGCUGGAGUGGCUCGAGUUCCAGAGCAUCCUGGGCGCGGUGCACGUGACCAUGUACAACCACACGGCGGGCGGCGCCGCAAGCUGCGUGUUGCGCGAGUACGUGGCGCAGGGGUUCGUGACGCUGCUCGACUGGGGCAACCUGCCGAUGCUGUCGCAACGCGAGAUCCGCACCGAGGGUCUGUUCGCGGCGCUCAACGACUGCCUCUACCGCAACAUGUACACGCACGCCUACCUGGCCAUCAUCGACCUGGACGAGUUCAUCGUGCCGCGGCGCAACGACUCGCUGCCGGCGCUGCUGGGCUGGCUGACGCGGCCCGGGACGAGGGCGGCCGGCUCGUUCUCGUUCCAGAACGCCUUUUUCUACCUGCAGUGGCCGGACGACGAGAAAGCCGAGCCCACCGAGCUGACCACGCAACGCAAGACGCGGCGCCGCGCCAAACUGCACCCGCACAAGCAGCGCUCCAAGUACAUCUGCAAGCCCGAGCUGGUGGUCGAGGCCGGAAACCACUUUGUGUGGGAAUACGUGCCGGGCAGGGGCACCCUGAACGUGCCCGCCGACGCCGCCAUCCUGCACCACUACCGCGUGUGCGAGUUCGGCGGCGACGACUGCGUCAAGGCCGCCUCGGUCGUCGACCGCUCGGCCUGGCGCUUCGGCGUCCAGCUCAGGGAGCGCGUCGACCAGCGGUGGCGCGACCUCAGGACAAAGUGUGAUUUGCCGUCCGCCCCUGUUAAGAACCGCCGCUAGCUGAGACAGAACUUGUGUCAAUAUGUGUUCUCGUUCGUGUAUGUACUUCAAUAAAAUGCGUCCCGACGGCCCGAUAGCAUGUGUAUUUAUAACAAAUAGGGACGAUUCAAACUGAAACUUUUUGCAAAUUUCAAUUUACCAAAAUUGCUAAAUUUUUUUGAUAUGGUUGAAUCGUUCCUCUUUCUAAUUUUGUAACUUUGAUUUAUCUUUUUUCCGCAGUUUCACUUACAUUUUAAGUACAAAUUAAUGCCACAAACUAAUAUUAAUUUUAUAAUAAUAGAUUUUAAGUUUUCUUAGCUUUUGCAAAUUUACUUUUUGAUUUUAUUCUAUUUUCAGUGUCAAAAGUGAGAUUUAUUUAAUCAUCAUCAGCGCAUAUUGCAGCUAACAUUUAUUCUCAGUAAACAGAUUAAUUGUGAAAAAUGUGAUAAAUAAACCUUGCUUCAUUUAAAAUUGCAUAAAUUAAAAAAAAUAUAAUCUCACUUUUGUCCCUGAAAAUCGCGUUGAUUUCAUUGGAAAACUCUUGAGACAGCAAGAAACAAAAAUAAUACACGUUUUCCAUCUUCCAGUUUUGCGCACAAGCAAACGUAUAAUUAUAUUUUAUAAUAAUUUCUGACUAAUUUAAUACAAUUUAAAAUGUAUCAAUUGGGAUCAUAUAAGUUUUACAAUAUUUUAUGGACGGUAAAUUAUUUCAUGGAAACAAAUGAACUUCAAUACAGAGAAGGUUGAACUAUUUUUUUCUCUAUGCAUUUAUCGCACAAAUGUGUCUUUUUGAGCUUUCACGUUGUGCAGCAUUUUUAAUUUUCAUUAUCCUCAUUAACUGCUGGUCUUAGUGUAAUAAGUAUGUAUCAUCCAACCUUGUACUGCAUACUUCAUCUCUGGUCAUAUUUAUGUAUACUUUUUCAUAACGAGACACAUAAUAUCUUUAUAUUCAUAAAAAAAAACAUAUACAUAAGCUAGAGUAUAUUUUAAAUGCCAUGCCAAUUUUAAUCAAAAUCAUAAAUUUGAUAAUUUUUUUCUAAACUGAGGACACUGAUUGAUUUAUUUAUUUAGGAUUAUUUUAUGUAAAAUUAUCACAUUAACAUAGAAAUAUAUCUUUCAUCAUUUAAUAUGGUCUAAACGUCUUGUAUACUAAAACAGCACACAGCUGUGGCUCUUGUAUAUCAGUGAUUUAUUUUUGCUAUCAAGACUCAAUUUCUUCAAUUUCUAGUCAUUUAUCGUGCCAUGUAUUUACUUCCCUUUCAUAUAAGUUAAAAUAUUAUUAUUAACAAUUAUACCCUCGAAAAAAAUUUGAAAGCGUAAGCCGAAAAGGAGCUCAAAAACUUGAUGAUUUCAUUUUCUGUGAUUUUAAGUGUUUUGAAGUACUUGAAUGGAAAUUAUAUAUUUCAAUUUGAUGUUUUUCUUUUGUAAAAAACCAAUAGCGAAAAAAGUGAAAUGUUACGCAAAGUCACCUGGAAACAAUAAACAUACGUUGAUUUUGGAAAUAAGUAAUAUCAUAUCAAUGUUGAAAAAAGCUUUUGUAAAACAUGAAAGACAUUCAUGCAAGAAACAAUAAAGAAUAUUUGUACCAUACGUGACAGAAAAAUAAA